AGUAGAGACAACAGAUCAAGAGAGGAGGAGGAGGAAAGAGAGUAAGAGAGAGAGAUAGAGAGACGGAGACGGAGACAGAGUUACUGGUUACAGGAAAGUAGGCACUGUGUGCUGCUUGAGAAAUAGAAGUAGGCUAAAGCCUUUUAAAAGUCGUUAACAGUUUCUGUUAUACCGGUACUCAGUAGUAAUCGUGAUCACGCGUACAUUUCAAAUAUUUGGUACCGCUCAAAAGAAACAGUAUUAUCCGAUAGCAGAUCCGAUAACGUUGGACGACAGAUUUUAGUUGCUCCGAACUAAGUCCUGGUACGCUGCAAUUGCCUCUUAUUAGCCACCCCACUCAACGUGUCUGCAACAUAUCCCGCACACAUUACAUCCCGGCUUGGCGUAUGCGAUGAUGGCUGCCCGCAAGUAUCGACCACAGUCCUUGUACUCUGUCGUCUUAUCCCUCGUACACGUCUUCGGCCUUCUGAUGAUUACCUGUACGACGGACCCUGCCCAAGCGCAAUGCCAGCCCGAUUCGUGCAGCGGAAACGGUGAAUGUUUAGAUGACAGCUUCGGCCUGUCCUCAUCAUUUACGUGCCUGUGUAACUUUGAAUAUAUGGGAAUGUAUUGCAGCGAGAAGAUCGAAGAUAACGUGGACAAGGUUCUCGACCACUCCGACUCGUCGAACAUAGUUCUCAUUGCGGCGCUCGCUGGUGGCGUUGGAGGGUCGUUGCUGCUCAUUUUGCUGCCCAUCUCCAUCUGUAUCUGUGUCAGGCUGCGACGCAGACGUGCUGUCACGGGCAACAGGACAUACACGCGCAUGGUCAUACACGCCGAGCAAGUGCAUGCAGCGGAUAGGCCGAGCAGCAGCAGCGGCGGCAGCAGCGGCAGCAGCAGCACAAAUCAGGCUGGUUCGCGUACUACCACCUACUGUACCGGUGCUGGUGUGUCCGCACCUGGCGCUGUGCAUAACGGUAGUCAAGGCAACGGUACCGCUAGCGAUGAGGAUGUGCGCCGCUGGAGUACCAACAACCCAGCCACUGCAGCGACCGUCAGAGCCAAUGAUGCUAGCACCUGUGCUGGACACGUCGGCACCUUGGAACAGCCUCCCGCCUACAGCGGAUUUGCGGGAGCAGGGGCCGGUGGGUUCUCAAGCGUAUCUGACGCUGGCUCGUGUGCCGUUGAUGUAGGACUAUUGGCUGGUGCAGGCUACUCAGGAGGCUUUGCUGGACAAGCUGGUGGGUUCAGCGGUGCUGGUGUUGGUGUGGCUACCUAUGGCGGUAAGGAUGGAGCCGGUGCGUUCAUCGCUUAGUCGUGCCAAGCCGGGAUUAUUGGCAUGCACACACACACACACAUACGUACCGGGGCGUGCACACGCACGCACACCCGCGGAUAUGCACACGCACACACGCACACACACACACACACACACACACACACACACACACACACACACACACACACACACACACACACACACACACACACACACACACACACGUCCAGUACCUGCCAACAUGAUGUAGUUUGGGUAUAGUGCCCCUGGAGGAUGGCUUCAAUUCAGUUGCCUGCCGCGGUGUAAAACUUAGAAGUCACUGAAACUCAGUUUUAUUCUCUCUUCUCCCUUUGCUAAUGAUAGCAGCACAGCAAAUUCGCCGCCGAUGCAAACGUAUUCGCUGGAUGUGUUCCUAAACACCCCAGGUGAUGCGGCCGCCAAUCCGGCUGACUAUAAAUACUUUUUUACAGCAAAUCUACAACCAUCUGACUUGGAUUGGUUAUGCUUCUAUCAUUAAUUGCCUUCUCUCCUCGGAUUAUAAUUCUCUCCGUACGUACGUGCAAUCAUCGUGUAUGUACUCACAAGUAACGUCACUGGUCACAGGCAGUGUGUGAUCCUCUCCAAAAUCUUUUUAUGGUUUCUUUGCACCAAAGUAAUUAGUUACCGCACAGUUGCAACUGCAACCACCUCUA